AUGCUUAAAGAAGAGUGUGGUUUCGCAGAUACUGUUGACUUUAGUGACAGAUAUAAAGAAGCUAUUAGAAAGUUCAAGGAUGGAAAUACUGACCCGAACCUAUUUAGCUUUAUGACUCAGCACCAAAUGGGAUAUAAUUUCAAACCUGGAAAAUACAAGCUCGCUAAGGGAUAUGAUUUAAUAGCAUAUCAUCCAAAUGACAUGAACGAAUUUACUCCGAGAUAUUUGAUGUCAGAGCUAAAUGACAAUACAACUUUCGUCAUGAAACGCGUAAAAAAUAGAGACGGAACGAAAGAACAAAAGCUUAUGAAUGCGGAUGACGUAGAUAGGGAAAUUGUUGAAAACGGUCUCGGAAUAUAUGAAAUGCCAGCAGAUGAGGUACAAGAAACUCCACAGGAAGAAAUAGUUCAGAUACAACCAGACAUGGAAGAAAUAGUUCAGCAACAACAGCUAGAAGAGCCUGAAGGAAACGAACAAGUCACUCCUUUGGAAACUAACUUCACAGAACUAGAUGAAGAUUUGGAACAGCCGAAAAAUCUUGACCCUCAACAAGAGCAUGAGGUGAAUAUGGAAUCUUUCCAAGAGUCAAAAAAAAAUUCAGCUGACAUAGUAGAAGAAUAUCGAAAAAUGUUUGCCGACAUACAAAAGACUCCAACACCAGAUGAAAAUAUUCAGCAUAGAAUGGAAGAACUGAAAAAAAAUGUACACAAAUACAACAACCCUUUUUACUUACGAGCAUUUAACGUUCAAUCUUCGGAUGAACUCGGUGAAAAUAAAAGGUUAAAUUUCAAGAAAACAUAUAGAAAUGAAACAUUGUUUAAAGUUCAUUCAGAACCUAACCAAGAUGGAAACAAACCUACUUUU